AUGUCCGCCAUAUCCCAAGCUGACGCGAGGGCAUUCCUCUUCGACAUGGACGGCACCCUUCUCGACUCGACCCCCGCUGUCGAGGCGACGUGGCAGUACUUUGCCAAAGAGUACGACCUUGACCUCCACGAGGUGCUCCGUACCUCUCAUGGCGUCAGGACGGUGGACAACAUGAGGAGGUGGUGUAACAUCACCGACGCUGACGAGCUCCGCGCACCGACAGAGCUCUUUGAAGGCAUGAUUGUCCACGAAGCCAAGGAGCUUCAAGCAGCGGGAAAAGAGGGCCUCGUUCCCCUCCCCAACGUCAUCGAUCUCCUCAACCAGCUCAACACUUCUCCUAUCCCCGUGUGGGCCAUCGUCACGUCGGCGACUAGCAUAUAUGCUUCUGCAGCGCUGCCUACCGCUGGCAUUCCCUCAGCACCAAAGGUGAUCACUGGGGACGAUGUGACCAAGGGAAAACCUUUCCCCGAGCCUUACUAUGCUGGGGCCAAGGCUCUUGAUGUGGAUGUGACGGACUGUAAGUGUUUUGUCGUGGAAGAUGCCCCAUCUGGUGUGAAGAGCGGAGUCGCUGCUGGAUCAAAAGUUAUCGCCACCUGUACUUCUCACACCAGGGAGCAGCUAGAGGGCCUCGGCGCUACCUGGAUCGUGACUGACCUUUCCAAGAUCUCGGUAGAGAUUGUCGACGGGAGGGUCAAAUUGACCAUUGACGAGAGUCCUUAG